GCCAGUCAGCUGCACAGCCCUGUCGGGAGGGAGCGCCGAGCCAGGGGCCCGGCUCCCAGAGACGCCCUGCUGGCGGACUUGGAAUCCACCACCUCCCACAUCUCCAAACGGCCAGUGUUCUUGGCGGAGGAGACCCCCUACUCCUACCCAACUGGAAACCACACCUACCAGGAGAUUGCUGUGCCACCCCCCGUCCCUCCACCACCAUCCAGCGAGGCCCUCAACGGCUCGGUGCUUGACCCCUUAGAUCAGUGGCAGCCUGACGCCUCCCCAUUCACCCACCAGCAGUCCCUGUCACCCGUCUCCGGCUCCAGUGCCAAAGCUCCCUGUGCCUCCACCCCACAGGACGGCGGGGGUGCUCCGCGUCCCCGCGCCGCUGAGGAGGAGCACGUCUACAGCUUCCCCAACAAGCAGAAGUCAGCUGAGCCCUCACCCACUGUGAUGAGCACCUUCCUGGGCAGCAACCUCUCGGAACUCGACCGACUGCUGCUGGAACUGAAUGCCGUGCAGCAGAACCCCCCAGGCUUCCCUGCAGACGAAGCCAACUCUGCUCCCCCGCUGCCUGGGGCUCUGAGCCCCCACUAUGGCACCACAGAGAACAGCAGCCUCCUGGGGAGCAAAGCUGGGCCCCCGACGAAGGAGAAGCCCAAGCGGAAUGGGGGCCGGGGCCUGGAGGACGUGCGGCCCAGCGUGGAGAGCCUGUUGGAUGAGUUGGAGAGCUCCGUGCCCAGCCCUGUCCCCGCCGUCACUGUGACCCAGGGCGAGGUGAGCAGCCCGCAGCGGGUCUCCUCCAGCCAGCAGCACACACGCAUCUCCGCCUCCUCCGCCACCAGGGAGCUGGACGAGCUGAUGGCCUCACUGUCGGAUUUCAAGACCAGCUCCUCUGCGGUGGCCUUAAGCUCCCUGGGGCUGCUGCCCAGCUCAGCACCAAGCCCACACCACGCACCUCCUUCUCCUCCUCCUGUGUUCUUGCCAUCCACUACUGUGUCCUCGUCCGCAGGCCACAGUCACACCCUGGAGGUCCUCUGCAUCAAGGAUGAUGACAAUGGACAGGGCCUCCCAUCUCCUGAGGCCUCCGGCUGGCUUGAUUUGGCCGGCCUAGGGUUGAUGGCUGAAACCCCCCGCUCAAAGGCUCCCUCGGGGGAGGGUUCUCUUGGGCCAUUGGGUACCGAGAGCCGGGCUCAAGUUUGUAGAGACCCACCACACCUCGAGCGUGAGCUCUCCAGGGCUCCCCUCUGCCACACUCUCCCCCCAGCUGGGUGCCCAGAGCCCCAGGAGCCGGGAGGCCCCCAGGGGCCGCCAGCCCACCCUGUGCGCUCAGAGGAGGCCGAGGCUGCCACGUGGGAGCAUCCAUGGAGUUUGGAGGUGUUCAGGCCUGGGACUCCCUGCGGAGCUGCGCCUGGCUUCCAGGAAGUCACCGAGCCAGCUGUCGCGGCCAUCUUCCCAGACACCUGGAGUCUCACGAAGGAGUGUGGACAGUUCCGGAAAGAAAGGGCGAGGCCACAGCCAGGGGGGCCGGAGAGCAGCUGCCCUGGCCCAGUGGAUGAGGAUCACUCAGGUGGAGGGGUGCCCGUGAGGGGCAGUCCGGUAAGGCCAGCCCCCGGCCCCGACACUCCCGGGAGGCCUCCGGGCGCCCCUGAAGCUGCCACCGAGGCCGAGAGGGAACAGCCGAAGCCUCCAGCUGCCACCGCCCCGGACACACCCAGCGCCCCCGAGAGGAUUUCCACCGCCCGCCAGAUCCGUUCUGUGAUCAGGAGGAGCCGGGAGACGGGCCACGCGCACCCCAUGUCCCGGGAGCCCUCCCCCCGCCGCCGCCCGGACCCCGCCGCCCUGAGCAGGACCCCGUCCCAGGAGCGGCUCAUCACAGAGCUGCAGGGGCGGCUGGGCAUCCAGCCAGAGGCGGAGGAGGCCCAGGGGACAGUGGGGGCCUCUGCCGAGGACUGGCUGACCGAGGGCAUCGUCGUCACCGUGCAGCCGCGCGGCAGGCGGGCUGGGGGGCAGCUUGUAGAGAAGCUCCAGGGCCUGGAACAAAGAGCGGCUGGGGAGCUGUGCGGGGCGGCCAGCUGGCCUCUGGACGGCAGGCAGAGCAGUCCCGAAGGGCAGGACGAGGGAGGGUUCAUGAACCAGGGGAGGCCGGGGAGCAGCUCCCCACCUGGGGGACCCCCAAAGCCUGGGAGCCAGCUGGACAGUAUGCUGGGGAGCCUGCAGUCUGACCUGAACAAGCUGGGGGUUGCCACCGUGGCCAAAGGGGUCUGCGGAGCCUGCAAGAAGCCCAUCGCCGGGCAGGUCGUGACCGCCAUGGGCAAGACGUGGCACCCGGAGCACUUCGUGUGCAGCCACUGCCAGGAGGAGAUCGGGUCCCGGAACUUCUUUGAGCGGGACGGGCAGCCCUACUGCGAGAAGGACUAUCACAACCUCUUCUCCCCGCGCUGCUGCUACUGCAACGGGCCCAUCCUGGAUAAAGUGGUGACCGCCCUUGACCGGACGUGGCACCCUGAGCACUUCUUCUGCGCCCAGUGUGGGGCCUUCUUCGGCCCUGAAGGGUUCCACGAGAAGGACGGCAAGGCCUACUGCCGCAAGGACUACUUCGACAUGUUCGCGCCCAAGUGCGGCGGCUGCGCCCGGGCCAUCCUGGAGAACUACAUCUCGGCCCUCAACACCCUCUGGCAUCCCGAGUGCUUCGUGUGCCGGGAGUGCUUCACGCCCUUCGUCAACGGCAGCUUCUUCGAGCACGACGGGCAGCCCUACUGCGAGGUGCACUACCACGAGCGGCGCGGCUCGCUCUGCUCCGGCUGCCAGAAGCCCAUCACGGGCCGCUGCAUCACCGCCAUGGCCAAGAAGUUCCACCCGGAGCACUUCGUCUGUGCCUUCUGCCUCAAGCAGCUCAACAAGGGCACCUUCAAGGAGCAGAACGACAAGCCCUACUGCCAGAACUGCUUCCUCAAGCUCUUCUGCUAGGCCCCGCGCCCCGCCCCAGGCCCUGCGGCUGCUGUGGCCCAGAGGCCGCGCCCAGGGGUGAAGGGGCAGGCCUGACUGAAGCUGGGGCCUGCAUCCUUGUGGUGCGGGGGGCGGGGCCGGCGAGGGGGCCUCCUGCCGCCUCCGCCCCUGCCAGGGCCUGUGUGCAGCUCUGCCCGACUCUCCGCCCUCCUGGAGGCGGGCCCUGAGUGUCCCCGUGAGCCUCCUGCCCAGGCUGCACCCCACACUGGAGCCAUCUCUUACUCAUACCUUGGCAGUGGAGCCCCAGGGGCGGGCAGAGAGGGUCAGACGGGCCGGUUUUCAUCCUCAUGCUCCCUGACCCCCUAGCCCCUGCUGUGAGCACGGAGUGGGGGGCCCUUGUGCCCCCCAGUCAGUGCCAGCAUAAACCCGUCCAUCUGGGGCCCCGGGCGCCACGGCCUGGGCAAGGCUCCUCUUGCCCCCCCGCCCCCGGCCCUCCCAGCCCCCAGUUCUACCGAGAAAGCCUCUCCAGCAAUAAUGUUUUGUGGUCACUUCCUCUGUCUUGGGGGGAUGGCGUGAGGUGGGGGUUCAUCCCGUGCCUGGACACUGUACCAACUUUGAUAGAUUUCUACACUGAGGUUUGAAUUCAUAUUGUCUGAGUUGCUUUUACUUCUCUCUACAGUGAUUUUGAAGAGAUUUUAAAGAUGUCCCUUUUUGUACUCUCCUCCUGUCCGCCGUCAGCGGGCCUGCUGGUGACUGCGGCCAUGGCCUGGCGUUUGCCUUGUACUGAGGGCUUGGGGCAGGGAAGCAAUUUGUAUUGUAUUUUUUCUUAGCACAAGCAGGUGAACUGGGAGCAGCUCUGUGACUCCCCUCCUUACUCCACUGCUCGCCAGGACUGUUUGUAAACUGCUGUAUGUCGGAAACCCUUCCUUACUCCCCGGGCCAGCAAGCUCCUGCGGGCGGUUGGCCUAAGGGUGUUUUGCCCUCCUGGGUUUAGGAUCGCAGACCUCAUCCACUGUGUUCCUGAGGGAGGAGAAGGGGAGAGGACACCCCGGGGGUGCUGUUUCCUGCCCAGGAAGCCUUUAGGAGCACCCCUUUCCUUUGUGAACUUUUUGGCGACAGAGACAACCCACCGAACAUUCUCAGCCUCCCCACUGCUUCUCUGGGGCUCUUUCUUCUGCUGUCUCAGGAAAGCUGGUGUCUGAUUUUGAUGGUUGGUUUUGCUGAUUCCGCCGGGCACAUCACUUCCCCAGACUUCCUGCCCUCCCAGGAGGCUGGGUACAGGUCUUUUCCCUUUUGUAGCUGAGGCUGACUUCCCAGAGGCCUGGGGAGAGGGGCCUAAGGUCUCCCAAGGGGAACUGAUAGGAUUUGGGGCAGAGGGAUGUGAUCCUGAAGAAGCAACAGGAAGCCCCCAGAACUCUCGACCCCGGGGAUGAAUAGGAGCAGGCAGGCCCGGGGGCUCUUGCUGGCAGAAAGGCUGACCCCAUGGGGUAGAAGCUAGAAGGAGCCAGGUCACUCAGCUGGCCGCAUAGUCUGCACUGGGGUCUCAGAAGAGGGCCCCUGGCUGGGAGCAGCCCAGGUCUGGGCAGGUCAGCCAGGCCCCUCUGAAGGUCUGCUGUCUCCGUCCACUUCUACCCAUAGGCCUUACUGCUCUGUUUACAGUGACCUGCCCCAGGCUCCUGAGAGGGACUGGAGUCCCUGGGGUCUACUCUCUGGGUCAAUGAUAAUUUGAUGAUUUGAUUUUAAUUUUUCUCCAUAAACUUCUAACCUGGCUUUCCCCCCUUUCGAUUUCUGUGAUUUUUGCCAAUAAAGUUUGACAUUA